CCAAGGGGCAGGCGGUGAGUGGUCAGUACCGAAUGCUGGCGAAGAACGGAGGCUACAUCUGGGUGGAGACUCAGGGAACUGUCAUUUACAACAGUCGCAACUCGCAGCCUCAGUGCAUCGUCUGCAUCAACUACGUCCUCAGUGACAUCGAGGAGAAGUCGAUGGUUCUCUCCCUGGAGCAGACGGAGUCGCUGUUCAAGCCGCGUCACAUGAGCAGCUUCUUCACUGCAGGAGGCGCAGGUGUGACCGGAGAGCCUGGAGACAACCUCUACACCAAAUUCAAGGAGGAGCCGGAGGACCUGGCUCAGCUGGCUCCGACACCCGGGGACACCAUCGUUUCCCUGGACUUCGGUCGUCCUCAGUUCGAGGCGUCCUCCGCAGCCAUGCUCCCUCCAGGACCUCCGUCCUGGGGCAGCGAGAGCCACAAGCCCGCCGCUCCAGGUCAGACCCCGGCUCCAGGAGACAUGACUAACAUGGCUGGAACAUUCACCGUGCAGCAAAACCCGCCGCCGGGCAGCGCCACUCCGAGCCUCAGCAGCUGCUCCACGCCGAGCAGCCCAGGUGAUUACUACAGCUCGGUGGAGAGCGACCUGAAGGUGGAGCUGACGGAGAAGCUGUUUGCUCUGGACACAGAGAGCAACAACAACAGUCCUGCAAACACAGAGAGGGACUUGACUGACUUGGACCUGGAGACCCUGGCUCCCUACAUCCCGAUGGACGGAGAGGACUUCCAGCUGAACCCCAUCAUCCCAGAGUCCGAGUCCCUGGAGGGGAGUCCAGCCGGGUCGAUGGGGAGCAGCACUCUGCAAACACGCCAGGCGUCCCACCAGAGCUUCAGCAACAUCACCAGUCUCUUCCAGCCCCUGUCCUCGCCACCGCACACCCAGGGCCGCUAUCAGGCCUGUCCAGCUGCAUCCUGGGCCACGGGGGAGAAGAGGGGCUCCGGCCAGGCGGCGGUGAACCCUCACGCUGUGCCGUACAUGAUGCAGAGUCCCCCGUACCAGGCCCCUGCAAGCACCCCUCUGUCCUCCAUGGGUGGCCGGCAGAAUCUGCAGUGGCCACCGGACCCUCUGUUAACUUACCAACAACAGCCACACGCCGCCAAGGCCUUCCUGCUGGAGAGCGUGUCGGGAGAGACGCACCCGUCCUGCCAACAGAACAUGACACAUCACAUGCAGAAACAGAGGUCCAUUGAAAAUUUUGUCCAAGCCUACAGAGACAUGAGUCCGGCCCGAGUGGCCAUGACCAACAGCAUCAAGCGCUCCUUCACCCAGAUGACUGCAGGCGACAACAAGGCGUCAGAACUCAUGUGGAAGAAGAUGAGGGGUGAGAGCUGCGUCGCCAUGGAUCGCUCCCUCAGCGCAGGAUCACUGGCAGAGUCGAGGAUGAUGCCCGGCAGCAUGUCGUCAUGUCUCGCCUCCCUGCAGCAGCACAGAAAGUCUCAGUUCCCAGGAAACGGGAUGAGUGGCACAAACCAGAAGGUCUUCACACGGAAGAGCUGCAACUACAGCGAUUAUAACCUGCUGCCGUCAAACAAGGCCGAGGGUAUAGCUAGUCGUCUGCUGGGCCCCUCGUUCGAGCCCUCCUGUCUGCCGGAGCUGACCCGUUACGACUGCGAGGUCAACGUGCCGCUGCAGGGGAACCUGCACCUCCUCCAGGGCUGCGACCUGCUGAGAGCCCUGGACCAGGCCACCUAGAGCCCCAGAUCCAACCCCCACCGUAGACCCAGACUUUAUCCCAGCCCUGAACCUCAGCCUGCAGCCUGAGACUUACAUUUUACACCUCCGGGCCCCUGAAAGCCCCGAGGCUAAGCUACCUAUAGGGAAUGUGCUCAUAACCACAUCCUGCCUUAUUCAGCUCAGUUCACCGCCUCCCUGUCCACAGAUCUGUCAACAGAAUCACACGGGUCAGAGGACGCGGGUGAGAAAAGGUCAACGUGGGUCAAUUUUCUUACAGAAUCUAAAACGAUGCCUGACCUGUGUCGUGUGUUCAAACGUCUCGACGCUGUGAUUCCUCGAAGGUCACAGGUCGAGUGCGUUCACACGCGCAGGAUAAACUCGGGUCUUUUGGUGUAAACAGGGUAUUAGAGGUGUGAGAUUCACACACACACACACACACACACACACACACACACACACACACACACACACACACACAAUCUGCCUUAAAGGUUGAACGUCUGCAGCCACACACACACACACACACACGCGCCACAACUUGCCAUGAAGGCAUGGGAUUCAAACCUACAACCUGUGUCUGCAGAGCGACACCCAGACAUGAACUCUAUGCAGCCUCUUCAUCAUUUAGCUCAGAGAGGAUUAACGUUAUCAAACUACCGACACACUGAGUUUAUCUGACCAGCGAUUAGACCAGACCGCUGGUCCCGGGCGGAGCCUCGAGUCCGAGGCGGGUGUCGUCAAUUGGUUCGGAAAUUGUCGCCAUUUUUAAAUGAAUAAGAACCGAGGAUCCUUUGAUUCUGCUCAUUGAUUCCAGAAGACGGAUUAAAUCUCUCUCAGCAGCUGUUUUCCUCCAAAUCUUUCUGAUUUGAUGAUUUACAAAUAAUAUGGAACUGAAUUGUCCAAAGGCAAAAUGGUGAUUAGACGUUAAAACUUUUAAAUGACAUAAAACAAGCAGAAAUUCUUUUGGACCACAUGCGAGAAACGAAGGAUUUCCAAAUCAAUGAAACGAUAUGAAAGUUUUUUAAAUACUUAGAUUUAAUUUCUGUCUGAAAAAGAAUCUGGAAUCAAUGAGCGGAAUCAAAGUGACACCUCUCUCCGCUCAGGCCCUUCUCACACUUACAAACAUUUACAAACGGAAUCGUCCGCCUCUCGUCGCCGCGGCGUCCAGUUUGUCGAUUCACGACAGAAACACCCGACGUGUUCCUUCUGUUAAAGACAUAUGCAUGACUUAAUGUAUUUCAGUUAUUACAGUUCGUCUGUUAGUUAACGUUUAUCAAAUCUGCCCACGUUAUUUCAUUCGAAUCGACACUUUACCGUAUCAAUACUGCUUUUUUAUUUUCUUACUCUACCUUCCAGAUUAUUUUAUUUUUUGUGUCUAUCUCAAAGACACACUAAUAAACAUAUAUUGCAAUACAAGUACUCUACUGUAAGUUGAAUAUUGAUAAGUUGUUGUUUUUUCCUCUUACCUCUCAGUCGGGUAAGUAGCUUGAGUGUGACUACAGGGUUUGUUUUUUCUUAUUGUGCAAUUAUUAUUAUUUCAAAAUGUGAUAAAGUUUAUAUAGUCAGCAGCAAAGCUAGAGAUGUAUUCAUUAAACUCAUCGCAUGUACAAAAGCAGCCUGGUCGACACGCACGGGAUUAUACACACACACACACACACACACACACACACACACACACACACAUUAAACAGGAAACAAUAACAAGCAGCAGGUGUGUGCACAGGAAGUGGGACCUCUCCUCUUUCAGUUUAAGGUUUAAUGUGUUGGGCUCUUUAACGAUUCUACAGAUUCGCAUGUUAUUAUUUAUCUUUAUUUUCUGCAGACAGUAGAUUAUUUGCAUUUCUGUGGCAUUUUGAAAAUAAAUGAUCGGACCUGAAAUAUGUGCAACAUCAAAAACAUCAAAACGAAAUGAUCUUCAAUCUGGUUUACUCGACGAGAAACAUCGACUCUGCAUUUUCUGUUUGAUUUAAUUUAUUUAAAAUAUGUUAUAAACGUCUGUUUCAUCGUUUAAUCAUCGAGAUUUCUCUGCUGAGGUGUGAGCGUCAGAUGUUCGAGGUCAGAUGGAACAAAGUAAAUGAAAGAUUUCAAGUUGUCCUAAAGACGAAAACAUUGAAGUUAUAUAUUAGUGAAGCAGCUUCAUUUACAUUCUACACUGAGAAAUGAUUCAUUCUUUAAGUUCCUUUGUUUCUGUCUCUUUUCUGACGAUAAAUAAAUAUUUAUUUAGGGGGCGUUCGAGCCACUCGAGCCAAUCAGAAGAGCUUUAGAGGAGUCGGGAGGAUGACUGGACCAAUCAGAGAAUAAAAAUGGUUUCCCGUUAACGCCACUUCAGUUUUCGAGACGCAAAAAGGUGCAGGAGAGGUCCCCGCUGUGUUCACUGCUGCACUAACUGUGUCGUUAGACCGUUCUUUGUGUGACAACACGUCCGAAUCAUCCGCCUGUGAAGCGGAACGUUUGUAUUUUUCUCGGACGAUGACAAGAAUCACGACGCUCAGAUAUUUAACACGUGAUGAUUUCACGCGUCGAUAAGUAACGUCAUCAGCUGUUCUCUCUCUCUCUCUCUCUGUUCCUGUGUUUCUCGCUCCGUUCUUUCGAGGUAUCUGUCGUCGUGUGGUGACCACUUCUAUGAACUUUAGAGCUUCGUGCACAUAUAUAUAUAUAUAUGUUUAGUAUUUUAAAACCAAUGUUGAAAACUGUUUUUGUGUCCUGGUACUUUGUCCCGGAGCUGAUCCCUCAUCGUGCUCUUUCCUCUCGUGCCGUCUCCGUGUUGUGUUUUAAUUUGUAUUCUUCCCUUCAGAGUUUUAUCCUAAAUUUUUAUCCAACCUGUUGUCCGGCCAGUAUCGUCUUUUUUGUUCCUGCUUUAAAAUGCUCAGAUUAAAAGAUAAAUAUGUUUUUUUUUUUUUAAGUUUCACUCUCCAGAUAUGUAGCAUUUUUUUUUUGAAUAUUGUUAAGAUGGUAAAGUUUCCUCAUGAUUAAUCACUUGGUUUUCCAGUUGCUUCUUAGACCACGUAUGUGUUACGUGUUGAACUUUUCUUCCAUCUGGCGGAUCCACUAACGCUGCUCUCUGCUUUACGUCGCUGAAAUGUUCCAUAAAGAUCAUUUUAAUCUGUGUAAUGUGCCUUAAAACGACCAGUUCGCCCUUCAACAGCACAGUUUGUGUCCUGCCACCUUUAGACGACAUCCUUCACACAUGAGCGGAGUAUUAUUGAAGAUUAUCCAAACUGACUAGUGCAUCUUCUCUGAAAAUAACAUGUUAAAGUGUCAUUUCCCAAGUUGUAAUUUUUUAUUUGCUCAUUAAACUCUAGUCUUCACUUUAAUUGAAUCUCCUUAAGUUUGUUUUUCCUGAUAAUGGUCAAAUUAUAAUUCAGAAACAUCCAGAAUUACAGUUUCAGAGCUGCAGUUGGUUAAUCUUCAAAAUAAACCCUUUACGUUUUGUAGUCAACAUCCUCCGUAGCCUCUUCACAAUAAUGGAACAUGCAGUAGAACCCUCAAAGAUUCAAGUAGAACCCAUUAGAACCCAUCAUAGAUCCCCUGGUGAUGAAGAGUCCAUUUU